UCGGUCAGACACAUAUAUUUACUCGUCGAAGUCGGAUCGUACGUUUUCGAUUGCCCAAAAAUUCAUAGCAAAAUAGAGCGAUUUUCUCGUAUUAACAUUAUUCCAAAUCUUCGCGAUAUGGAUCGAGAAGGGGUCCGCCGAGCGGCAGCAGUACUUCGACCCAACGAGAAUCGUCUACAUGCUAUACAGGAAGAGGAGGAACCUGCUGUGGAAGUUGGUCCGCCGCUUUCAAAGGGUUCCCAAGUCAAUCCAGGGGACUUGCAGCUACAGAAGGGAAUUUUGGGAGGAGAUGACAAAGGAGCCACUGAACUUGGUGCGGGACUUCGAGCUCGUCGCGAGAAUAGACGCCUGGCACCCUUCUUGUGCAACGUGUGCCACCAGUAUGUCCGUGGUGGCGUGAUCACCAUCUGUGGUCACCUAUUUUGCUGGGCCUGCCUGUGGCCCAAAGUGGGUGACACUAAAAUUCCAGAGUGCCCACGCUGUCGGCACCGCUUGGUCCUGUACGAGGACAUCAUGCCCUUCCACGGCGAGGGACCCCAGGCCGACGAGGCUGAUAACGAAGUCCUUGCCGAGCCGGGUUUGGUGCCCCGCCCCACGGGUAUGUACCUCUGCGACCCGAAGAUCCCCAACUGGUUCGUGGUCAACGAUCCCAAGAAUGUACCAGAACAAGUUUUCGAUCAGAACACCAAGGAGAGGGAUUUCUGUUCCGUGGUGAUGCGUCUUCCUCAGGAGUAUCCGUGGAUCGGGACUACGCUGCGAUUCUUCAAGUAUUUCCAAGUGGGCUGCGCCAUCAUCGCGUGCCUGAUGUGGUGCAUCUUCUCAGUGGCCACGGGGCCAAGUGCUUUAUAUUUUCCUAAAUUGUUACGAUUUCUUUGAUUAUUAACGGGCGGAUAAGUGACCUGUAAAUGUUUGGCUAGGUUU